UGCUGGGAUUACAGGCAUGUGCUACCACUUGCUCUAAAAUCUUAAUGCCAAAACAGAGACUCUGUGUUAUCUUGCAGUUUGUCCUAUUUCUUAUAAAAUACAUUUGUUGGGCCGGGAUUUUAGCUCAGUGGUUCCACUGCCUGCCUCCCAAGCUAAGGACCCGAGUUUGAUCCCUGGUACCAAAAAUAAAUAAAUAAAUAAAUAAGUAAAUAAAUACAUUUGUUAUAAGAAGGAAAAUGCCUCAGUUGUGUUCCUAAUCUUAAGGGGCCCUGCCACACCUUUCUACCAGAUGUAGCUAAUUAGAGCAAGUUCACUGCCCUGGCUUUAAAACCAACGUUAAUGCAUUCAACACAAAUUGUUAUUCAAAUGUGGCUUCUAAACUCCUUUACUCAUCAAGUUCAGGCUCUGGGAUCCUCAGAUCUACCCAUAACCGAGCAAAAGAGGACAGGCCUAGGCAGACUCUACUUUAGCAUUGAUAGGACACAAAGCAGGUGUGGACUUGAGCUGCCAUCCAAGGCUGUCCAGCAACACCUCUUGCCAAGUUUCUAGCAGGAUGAGGGGCAGGGCCAACCACCACUGCGCAGCCCCUCCAGGCCCCAAAAGGCCGCUCACAUUUUCAAGUCAAGAUCGAAUCAACGAUGCUGCUACCGGAGACAACGGCAAAAAUAAAAAGCAAACGAGCAAAUCCCUGGUACAUCCCUUAUCCCCUCCAACACCUGGUCCACCUGGAAGGAAGCCAACAAGGUGAGACCCACAGGAUGAAUCACAUGUGUGAGAUUACGAGCCCCUGAGAGAGACGCACUGCCCAAGGACUUAACACCUCCCAGUACCGCCACCACCACCCACCGCUCUGGAGGCCUCAGACACAAGAGGGCCUUGAAAGCUGAAAAACUGGGAAGUGCUUCGUCCCGACUUCCUGCGAUUAGGUGGGGAAGGGCUCAUUCUGGUGGUAGGGGUGCUAUGCACGACUCAAGGGAGAGAACUGCAGGAAAUAAGGGAGUCCAGUCGUUGCCCAAGCAACAGGGCCCAGUGGGGGAGGGGGGCUAAAUUCUAUCUCCAUGGAGACUGCGCUGGCUAAACAACACUAAUAUUAGACGCAUCCCUAGAAGGUCAGCCGAGGUCUGGAGGUAAGCCAGAGUAUAGAUUGACAGAUUGACGACACUGCCCUCAUCUCUGAUUUGCGACCCUGAGACGCGUUGCAUCCCGAGACCUGGGCCUAGAAUUUUAGGGCUGGGGAAUAGGAGGGGUUGAAGCCAGUCAGUGACCUCGCGAGUCCCUGUGCCCCAGGUCCCAACCCAUGACGCCCAAGAAGCGUGAGCCGAGCGCGGGGCGCCGAGCAGCGGGCCAGGAUGCCGAGCCGCCGCUCUCAGAGCGCUCACAGUACCUGCAGCGCCAGUACGCGCUGCUCUCAGAGCAGCUGAAGGCUUGCGAGGAGUGCGUGGACCGAGUGCUACGAGAAAACGCCUUCUUGGACAGCGAAGAGCAGCGCUUGCGCGAGGAGAACCGGCUUUAUGCCAGCUACGUGAGCGCGCACGCGCAGCGCUGUGCCCAGGCCGUCGUGGGGCUGGAUGAGCAGAACCGCGUGGACCUGGCGCAGAUCCACGGGAAGAGAGCAGAGCUUGCUUCACUCUACCGCGAGCGCGAGGACGGGCUAAGCGCGCAGCUGCUCGAUAUGGAAGCGCGCGCGGCGCAGAUGGUGCAGCAGGUGCAGGAGCUGCAGCCCUACAAGGUCAGUGCCCGCACGCUCGUAGACAGGGCGGGACUGAGGGCGGGCUCGCCGCGCCCCUGCGCUGCCCGGCCUGGUAGCAGGAGCUGCAGCUGGAACAGCUGGCGCGGAUCCGGGCACUGGAGCGCGAGCUGCUACACGUGCGUAUGGAGCACACACAGCUCCUGCAUCGCGAGAAGUGCCGCUUCUUCGAGGACAAGGCGGCCUUCGAGCGCGACGCGCGCCAGAGCGUGCAGACUCUGGCACGGCGUGCGGAGCGGGAUGCGGCGCGCGCACUCAUUGCGCACACACAGGCCAUCAAGGCAGACAACGGACGCCUGCGGCAGGAGCUGCUGCACCUGCUCCACCGGGCCCAGUUGCUGCGCGACACGCAACACCAGCUGCUUCAGCAGCGUGAGCAUCUGCGGCGCGAGCACGAAGACACGCGAAGCCUGGCGCGCGUGCACAGCUGGCUGCGCAGGGGCUCCGGGGGUCCGCCACUCUGGCAGCCGCCCGCCCCUUCCCGGCCCACCUCGCGCCCUGGAUCGUAUGCGCCCACAGGCCCAUCGCAGGCGGCCUCCAGGGCUCCAUCUGUGGCCCAGUCGCGCGCGGUUUCCCAGGUACCAUGGGUGGUCUCACGCACAGCCUCCAAGGUUCCCUCUUUGCGGUCACGGGCGACUUCUCAGGUCCAGUCGUUGAUCCCAUCGCUAGCGGCUUUGCAGGAGGCCUCCAGCCUCCCUUCCCUGUUCCUAGCGCGCCCCGCCUCCCGGGUCCAGUCCCCGACCGGGUGGAGCUCAGGCUCCCAGGUUACGUCCCUGACCUCCUCGUUCUCGAGCUCUAGUACCUUGUUGCCAACGGCGUCACGCGAAGACUCUAGGACCUCUCCA